GGCAGGCUGGAUUACAAUGACCGCCGCAGCCACCCACAAGCUCACCAGCACCAAGGAGGAGAGGAAGUUAAGGAAACCCCUCAUUGAACGGAAGCGAAGGGAAAGGAUUAAUAACUGCUUGGACCAGCUGAAGGAGACUGUUGUGGGUGCAUUUCAUCUGGAUCAGUCUAAACUGGAAAAAGCAGACAUCCUCGAAAUGACGGUGAAGCACCUCCAGAACAUCCAGAGCAGCAAGCUGAUGGCCGACUCCAAAGUGGGUCUGGAAGCCCAGCAGAGGUACAGCACCGGGUACAUUCAGUGCAUGCACGAGGUGCACAACCUUCUCCUCACCUGCGAGUGGAUGGACAAGACCCUCGGGGCACGCCUGUUAAACCACCUGCUGAAAUCCCUACCCAGGUCCGGUGAAGACACCUGCAAAGCAGCACUAAGGUCUUCAAGCCCAUCUCAGCAGCCUCUCUUGACACCAAAAAGCGCCCUUAGCCCGAAGGGGAGCACUCAGGGCACAAACCCAUCCCAGGAGCGCUUCUACCCCGCAGAGAACAAGCAGGCUUCGAAAAAUUCCUUCCAGCUGCCGUCGCUGUCGGUUUUCAGCCAGGUCGAUGCUGCACCUCCCAGACAGGUCCUGCAGCCAAAUUUUUCCCAUAACAACCCUAGAAUGGGGUCAUUAGAUAUGUGGAGACCGUGGUAAAGUGUAUUUUUUAAAAGUUUAUCCUAACCUUAGACACUCUUACGUAUGUAUCUUAUAGAUAUGUUUCUUUAAAACACUUGUGGAGCAAGUCUGUUCCUGUAGGUGUACUAAAGACCAGGGUACUUCAAGCCGAAGUAAACCUAUGUGUAGCCUGCAUUGUAGAAGGCUGCUAUUAUUUUUUAUUUAUUUAAUACAUCUAAAUUAUUGUAUAGAAUCCUCUCCUGCUCUUUAGUGUAUAUUAAUUAUAUAGCUUUCUUGUCUCACAUUCUUAAAGUCAUUAACUUCCUAUUAAUAAAAAUACAGGACAACAAGCAAGCCUCUCUGGCAUCAGGCUUACCUCUCAGGUCUCAUGUAAGCCACUGAGAUCACUUUGUUGGAUAAAGAGGUAAACAGCCGA